GGUUGUCUUCGUGCCAUGGUGUAUCAUUCUUCGCCACGGAAGAAAAUGACCCGGUUGCUCAAAUGCUUUAUAGGAUUGACUUUCGGAUUAUCAACUUGGAGCAAGGCAUUAUUUAUAGGAUUGGAAUCUGUAAAGGAACGCCAUGGAAUCUAAGGUGCUGAAAAUGGCGAAGCAUUUUCUAUUUGCAAUAAUACUUCAUGGUGCUUUUGCCCUCACAGUCCUCGUUCAUUCCCAGGAUCAAUUAGGCUUCAUCAGCAUCGACUGUGGGAUACCAGAUGGCUCAAGCUAUAAAGAUGGAAUAACAGAUAUAUACUACACUUCAGACUCAAGCUUCACAGAGACAGGUGCAAAUGGGAAUAUUUUACCCCAAUACAGGAGCAAUAAUCCUGAACAACAGUUGUGGACUGUCCGCAGUUUUCCUGAAGGAGCCAAAAACUGCUACACCUUAAGACCUUCACCAGGCAAAGACAGGAACUAUUUGAUCCGAGCGAGUUUCAUGUAUGGGAACUAUGACGGCAAAGGCCAAACCCCAACAUUUGAUUUGUAUCUUGGAGUAAACAGGUGGGAUACAGUUGCAGUGUCAGAUGCAUCAAGUACAAUAUCCAAGGAAAUUAUUCAUUUGUCCUCAUCAGAAGACAUCUAUGUUUGUCUUGUAAACACAGGCUAUGGGACCCCUUUCAUAUCAGUAUUAGAGCUAAGACCUUUGCCGAACAAUACCUACAUACCUAAAUCAGGAUCGCUGGAGCUCUUUGAUCGGGCGAAUUGCGGCUUAGUCAAUCAAACUUACAGGUACAAAGAUGAUGUUAUUGACCGCAUAUGGUCACCCUUUGGCACAAGUCUGUGGAGAAACAUUAGUACCAUUCAAACGGUUGAUUCAAGCUACAAUUCUUUCCAAUUACCAUCAGUUGUCAUGAGUACUGCAGUCACGCCAUUAACUACAAAUGAUUCCAUAGGCUUGUAUUGGUCUCCCGACAAUGCAACCUCCCAAUAUUAUUUUUACAUGCACUUUGCUGAAAUUGAAAAGCUUCAAGCAAAUCAGUCUAGAGAAUUCAACAUCUUUCUGAAUGGGAAGUCGUGGUAUAAAGCUCUUUCUCCAAGUUACUUGGUCGCUACUACAAUAUUCAGCCCAACAUACAGAACAAAACCAGACAAUGAAACUUAUUUUCAGAUUUGGAUCAAUAAAACCGAGACUUCAACCCUUCCACCCCUUCUCAACGCUAUCGAGAUUUACACAGUGAAUCAGCUUUUACAAGCACAAACAGACCAAAAAGAUGUUGAUUCUAUCAAGAAUAUCAAGUCAAUGUAUCGAAUAAAGAGAAACUGGCAAGGAGAUCCUUGUGCCCCUAGAGAUUACUCGUGGGACGGUCUUAAUUGCAGCUACAGUAAUUUUGAUCCACCCGGCAUCAUAUCCUUGAACUUGUCCUCAAGCGGAUUGACAGGGAAGAUAGCUCCUUUCAUUUCAAAUCUCACAAUGAUGCAGUAUUUAGAUCUAUCAAACAAUAGCUUAAAUGGAACUGUUCCAAUUUUUCUGUCACAGUUGCAACUCUUGCGAGUUCUAAACCUACAAAAUAACAACCUCUCAGGGUCCAUUCCUAUGGAACUCAUUGAAAAAUCAAAUAAGGGAUCGCUUUUGCUCAGUGUCGGAGGAAAUCCAAAUCUUGCUAGUAAUGGAGGAAAUCCAAAUCCUUGUGUGUUGAGUCCUUGCCAAAAGAAAAAGAAUAUUGUUAUUCCAGCAGCAGCAGCAAUUGUCGGAUUGGUCAUCCUCUUAUUAUGCGGGCUUGCUCUCUUAUGGCAUCUUAAAAGGAGGAAGAAAGCAGAUGUGCCUGCAUCCAAUGAACAAGGUGGGGUGUUAGAAUCCAAGAAACAGAAGUUCACAUACUCAGAGGUCCUGAACAUUACCAAAAAUUUUGCAAGCGUUACUGGGAAAGGAGGCUUUGGAACAGUUUAUCAUGGCUACUUAGACGGUUUUCAAGUUGCUGUGAAGAUGCUUUCACCAUCAUCAGUUCAAGGGUAUAAUGAAUUUCUGGCGGAGGCCAAUUUUCUCACAAGAGUUCAUCACAAAAACAUAACUUCUUUUGUUGGAUAUUGCCAUGAAAACACCAAUAUGGGGCUAGUCUAUGAGUAUAUGGCAAACGGAAACUUGGCACUGCAUCUAUCAGAUAAAAAUGCAAGUUUCUUGAGUUGGGAAACUAGACUCAGAAUAGCGAUGGACUCAGCACAAGGAUUAGAGUAUUUGCACAAUGGCUGCAAGCCACCAAUUAUUCACCGGGAUGUGAAGUCUACAAACAUCUUAUUGGAUGAAAAUUUCCAGGCCAAACUCGCUGAUUUAGGUCUGUCUAGAGUUUUCCCUGGCGAAGGUGGAACUCAUGUCUCAACAAAAGUUGUUGGCACCCCAGGGUACCUUGACCCUGAGUACUAUGCAUCAAACUGGUUGAAUGAGAAGAGUGAUGUUUUUAGCUUUGGUGUUGUUCUAUUGGAAAUAAUCACAGGCCGACCUGCAAUUUCUAUAAAUCCUGAGAAAGUUCAUUUAAUUAAAUGGGUUAGUUCCAUGGUUGAAAGAGGGGAUGUUAAGAAUAUUGUGGAUCCAAGGUUAGAUGGAGACCCCGAUAUUAAUUCUGUUUGGAAAGCAAUAGAAGUGGCAAUGAUUUGUGUAUCUCCCACUUCCAUUGAAAGGCCAACCAUGACUUAUGUAGUGAUGGAGUUAAAGCAAUGCUUGGCAAUGGAAUUGGCUCGAGGGCAUGAGGGGUUUGAGACUGAUUCAAACCAAAUUAGUGGAAUUAACUAUGUGCAUACUGGACAGACACCCUUGGCAAGGUAGUAACUAACAAAUAUACAAAAUCUCACUUGGACCUUUUCCAAAAAGGUGUCUGCAAUAUGUGCAUAAAAAUAAAAGGCAACCUGUUAUCACAUAAACAUUGCCCCCCUUUGUGUGGUUUGUGUUCAAGGUUGGCUCCGUUCUUUAUUUACGCUUAGAAAAGAUAUAAGAGGCAGUUGUUUUGUUGGUGGAAUAUAAAAGUUGUUCAUGCAUGCUGUAUGAAGAUUUCAUAUUGUGAUUGAAGGAGAUGCAAUUAAAGCAGAAGCAGCUGCCAUUGUUCGGGCUCUAAAUCUUGCUAUUGGUGAAAAAUUCCAAGAUAUUGUGAUUGAAGGAGAUGCAAAACUCUGCUUUGAUGCACUUAAUGGGGAUGUCCAGAACUGUCACUAGAAUGCAAAGACCUUGCUAUCUAAUGCUGUGGAUAGCUCAAGGGUUAUUUUGCUAACUGUUGUUUUUGUUGGGUUAAGAGAGUCUGUAAUGCUAUAGCUUAUGCUCUAGUUAAGAUUGUUUAUCCCCUUUUUUCAUAUUCUCAAGCGUAAUAAUUAAUUCUCUACCUUCUUGUGUGUGGGAAGCUUGGAAAGAGA